UGACAAGAUGCAACAAAAUCAAGUUGACCAAUGGUGGCCCCCAGAUUGGAUGUAAUGACUGCGUGAUCUGUGAGACUCCAGCAAAAGUACUUUCAGGCUACAGUCUCGGGAAUCCUAUCCCGUGAUCAUCAUGGGAAUAAAACUCAGAAACCAAAAGAUUAAGAAAAAGAGGACUAAUCAUCACAUGUCUCACCAGCUACCGAGCAGAAGGCAGAUCUGCAAAGAAGGUAACUUUUACUCUGCCUUCACAAAAUGCCAAAAGAAAAUGAUCACUUUAUACAUGCUUACCUCAAGAAAAAGAAGUUUCCUCAUCUUAUGGCAGAAGAGGCAGCAGGAAUUGGCAUCCUGGCUGUGGUAUUGGGGAUUUUGCUGCUCCUCACCUGCUGGUACUGCAAGAGACGCAGCGGCUACAAAAUACUCAAGGACAAAAAGCUUGGUGCUGGCACUGGGAAUGCCUUGAUGGGGAAUUACUACCAGGACGAAGGUGCUCUCCCUGUCAGCAAAGGGCCUUUUCAGGAGAAUAACAACUAUAAUUCUAUGGUACCUAAUGCUCCCCCAGCUUAUGAGAAGUUCUCUGCAGAACAAUCCCCACCACCCUAUGCUCCUUAAAGCUCAGCAAGAAAUAUCAGAGGUCUUGAAAGGAUCCUCUUUGUAUUUGCUUCAAAUCAUAUGAAAGUCUAAUGUUCCAUAGUAGUACGCUGCAUUAAUAAAACUAAUCAGCAAAUUAUUCUUAGCACAGCUACUGGUACUAACUGAAUGGCAACAUUACAAUGAAUAAUGUUUUAUAUAUCAAUAAACCAUUGAUUCUGGUUGA